AUGCCUCAACCUAGGCCCAGCACAGCCUGGGCGCUCGCUGGGAAGUCUGAUGAAGUUGCGGCGGAAUCGCAACAGGACGCACCGAAGCCGACAGUGGCGCCUCAGCGGCCGGUCCCCGCGGUCGUGACGCCUGUGGCUCUGUCAGAAAAGAUCGCCGUGUUCAGACAUCCCACAGCAAAUGUGAAUCUUGUGAAGGGGAGUUUCGUACAGCCCUGCCCGACGAGCAGCAUGGAUCUAACACCCGGCAAGCCACCAGUGACAGAGAGAGAGUCUUUCGAGAAGGUGUACCACCGUGGAGCGAUGCUCGGGAGCGGCGGAUUCGGCAACGUGUACGCCGGUACAAGGGCACGGGACGGCCUACCGGUGGCCAUCAAGGAUAUAGCGAGAGAGAAAGUCACAGGAUGGGGACAGUUGAACGGAGUGCGUGUUCCCUUGGAGAUCGUCUUGUUGCGGCGAGUGAUGGGCCACGACGAUAUCAUCAAGUUGUUGGACUGGACCGAACGCCCGGAUUCCUACAUCCUCAUCCUGGAGCGUCCAGAGCCAGUCAUGGACUUGUUUCACUUUAUCACGGAAAAGGGUGCUCUGGGCGAGUUCUUGAGCAGAGACUUUAUGCUCCAAAUCGUGCACAUGGUCAGGCAUUGCCACAACCAGGGUGUGGUACACAGAGAUAUCAAGGCCGAGAACUUACUAGUCGAGCUGAAGACGGGUAGAAUUAAGCUCAUCGACUUCGGGUCUGGCGCCUUCUUGAAAGACACAGUCUACACAGAUUUCGCUGGAACGAGAGUAUACAGUCCUCCUGAGUGUAUCCGGUUCCAUCGCUACCACGGGCGCCGGGCAGCGGUCUGGUCGCUGGGCAUCCUGCUGUACGAAAUGGUUUGCGGCAACAUUCCCUUCGAGCGAGACAGCGAAAUCUGCAGAGGCGAGGUCUACUUCGAACGACGGGUAUCAAAAGAAUGCGAAGAUCUCAUCAGGUGGAUGCUGACAAUCCGUCCGUCCGGCCGUCCUUCUCUCCAGCAGAUCCUAGAACACCCGUGGAUGCUGAAAGGCAGGAGUCUGUCGAGACGUCUGUCGAGCGCCGACUUUUUCCCCAAAGCAACGGCGAUUUCAACAAAAACUUGGUGGCCUAUCGCCCAUGGCACUAAAGGCAAUUAA